CUGCGGUCGAGUUUUUUUUUUUUUUUUUACUGAGCUGCCAUUGAGAGGCGCCAGGAAUGUCAGAGCGGGAGACCUUGAAUCCUCGUAUCUCAAGGCGAGCAUCUUGGGACUCCUCGAAACGUGUUUAUUUAUCGUCAGUGGCCUCCCGCGUGUCCUUUCCUCGAUUUCGUGUUCCUCCCGCUCGGGCUUCGGGUCGACUAUGAAUAACCACGAGAUGGAUUUGAGCCAUCAGCGGGCGCCCUCAGGGGAUGCGACCAAGUUUAAAGCCAUGACCCAGCUGGACGCCGAGAAGCUCCUCGCCCACGAGCUGGAGAAACUCCUGCACACCUCCGACCCCGCGGAGAAGCAGAUUGUGGAGAAGGAAUUUGAUGGGUUUCGCAAGAUCUUCUCUCGUUUUAUCCGCCAUGUCGGAGAUUCUGUUGUUUGGGACAAUAUCCAAAAACUGCCAGAAAAAGCUAUUCGGGAUUAUCAGUCCCUGGCACAACCAGCAAAUAACGAUGCAGUGCGAGCCAUGCUGAACAAACUGGUUGUAAUCAAACUCAAUGGUGGAUUGGGGACUUCCAUGGGAUGCAAGGGGCCAAAAUCCACUAUCCCUGUGCGGAAUGAAUUCACCUUCCUGGAUCUCACUGUCCAGCAGAUUGAGUACUUGAACAAGACCUACCAGGCCAAUGUCCCCUUGGUUCUCAUGAACUCCUUCAACACAGAUGAUGACACCAGCAAAGUCCUUCGUAAGUACACUGGCUUUGGUGUCAGGAUCCACACCUUCAUGCAGAGUCGAUAUCCUCGCAUCAACAAGGAGUCUCUUACACCGAUUCCCCGAAGCUGCUCCACUGAUGAAGACCUUGAAGCGUGGUACCCACCUGGCCAUGGAGAUUUUUACCAGGCCUUCUACAACUCAGGGCUCCUGGACGAGCUCAUAGCUGAUGGCAGGGAGUAUUGCUUCAUCUCCAACAUUGAUAACCUAGGUGCAACUGUUGAUCUCGCCAUUCUCAACUUGCUUCUUGCUCAUGGCGUUGGUGAUCGACCUGAAUUUGUCAUGGAGGUCACUGACAAGACCAGAGCUGAUGUCAAGGGAGGGACAUUGAUUCAGUAUGACAACAAGCUGAGGCUCCUAGAAAUUGCACAGGUACCAAAGGUCCAUGUUGAUGAUUUUAAGUCUGUCAAGACUUUCAAGAUCUUCAACACAAAUAAUCUAUGGAUCAAGCUUGGAGGAAUCAAAAGAAUGGUGGAAGAGGGGAAUUUGGAUAUGGAAGUGAUUGUGAAUUACAAGACUCUUGACAAUGGGCUCAAUGUCAUUCAACUGGAGACAGCAGUUGGAGCUGCCAUGAAAAAUUUUGAUGGAGGACUUGGUAUCAUUGUUCCGAGGAGUCGCUUCCUUCCAGUGAAGAAGUCUUCUGAUCUACUGCUAGUCAUGAGCAAUCUGUACAAUCUCAAGAGUGGUUCACUAGGCAUGAGUCCCAUGCGAAUGUUUCCUUCCACUCCUCUCAUCAAGUUGGGCACUCAUUUUGACAAGGUUCGUGACUUCCUGAGGAGAUUUGAGACAAUUCCUGACCUCCUGGAACUUGACCAUUUGACUGUGUCAGGGGAUGUCAUGUUUGGGAGGAAGGUCACUCUCAAGGUAAGCAUUUGUCAUUCAAAAACAUCAGCCUUAUCCCAUUUGUAUCCCAUCCAAAAACCACUUCUG